AGAGAUUUAAAUAAAAAAAACGAAAUAUAUUUUGUAUUAAAUAAAAAUGAAAAUAACUAAUUAAGAAUUUAUAAAUUACAUAAAACCAAUCAAAUUGUACAAAGUGUUUUAAAAGAAAUCUACAUAAUCAAAACAUAAAAAUGUUUGAUACCAGAUGGUUGCCAGCUGCGUGCGGCAGUUUAGCACCAGCUCUAAUACCACCCGCUCACAUUGUGAUAUUGUGGUAUUUUUGGGAAAAUUAUGCGCGCUACGUUGAUAAGCACUUCUGUACGUGCUCAUGCUGGGAUACGGUCUUCAAGGGACCCUAUGAGUCUGGUGUGGCCUCCUACAAGCACAUGUAUUUCAAUGCCACUCAGAAUACAUUUAAAAUGUGGCUGCUGACUGUAUUUGCCGUGAUUGCCUUGUACGAAUGUAUAAAACGUUUGAUUGCUUUGAUACUGCAGCAACGUUUGCGCUACACAAUGCUGGUGCUGUUUAGUCUCUCAAUAUUUUCGCAUUAUUAUGCCUGGUGGGCGUACAUGAACUAUUACAAUGAUGACUACUAUCAGCAGUGGAAUCAUCAAUUGUUUUUUACGAUAACCGAAAUCAUAUCAACCGUUAUGGUAAUGCAUUUAGCCGAUAGCUCAAAUACUAUUACAACUAAAAAGAUCUUUUGCAUUGUGGGCAUUGCCAUAUUGCACAUCAUUGCCAGCAGUUUUGAUCAGUUCUUCUUUAAUGUCUUGCGCGGCGAAGGUUAUGCCCAUCAAAUUGUACGCGAUAUUGGUUUUAUGGUCCCUGACAUUAUGCAAUUGGUUAUUCCAUUGUGGCUGUUGAAUCGUACGCGUAAGGAAUCGUAUAUAACAAGACCAUUUUACAAGGAUCGCAGUCUGCACAAAGACAUUGUGGCAAUGAUGUUUUUUGUCAUCGCUCUCUUUGUGGUCUGCACAAUAUUGUGAGAUAAACUUUUCCAAUGGCUUAUCGACCAUAUGAAGAACUAUAAAGGUGGGGAUGUUACAUUGGAACCUGGUGAUGAGGCUGUUGAUUAAAGGCGAUCAUUGUUAUGAUGUGUUAAGGAAACAUCAAUAUUUUUUUUAUAUCAGGACAACAAUACAACAACAAAAAUCUGAAAAAUUCUGAAAAUGUACAUAAAAUAAUUACAGCAACAUAAUUUUUUUACCAACCAUCAAAACAAACAUGUGUGACAAAAUUCAUUGAAAAUGAAA